AGAAACACAAGUUUUUCCUACUCCCGGUCAGGAAGGCAGCAGGAGCUCGACAUGACAGCGAUUAUCGCCAAAUUCAUCCUGAAGUCUUUAUGCGACAACCACGGGAGUUUGGACUUCGGCAGCCUGAAUGCCAAGCUGGAGAAGAGUUUCACGGUGGCGGAGGAGAUUUUGCGGAAUGUUUUGUUCGACAGCGGGAGAGUCGCCAUCCACCCCAGUCCAGGCGCGAGCCGCAGCAUCGGCCCCGCCAGUCGGAUUGUCGCCAAAACUUCCCUCCGCUUGUGCCAGAGAAAGUUCGGCGACUGUCGCCUGUGUGACGGCCUCCAUCUGUGCCGCUACCUGGUCUGUGGAACCUGUGUAUUUGGAUCCAAGUGUAAGAACCAGCACGAAGUCCGCUCCGCCCACAACGUUGAGCUUCUGAGGAAGCAUGACCUACAAGACCUGACGGAUCAACAACUGUUCCAGCUGCUGCUACAAAACGACCCUUUUCUGCUUCCUGAGAUAUGCAACCACUACAACAAGGGGACCUGCAGCUUCAACGACUCCUGCACCAAACUACACGUGUGCCUGCAUCACGUCCAGGGCGACUGUAAGUUCGGCCCGUCCUGCAAGAGAAGCCAUCAGCUGGAUGUGUGGGGGAAUAAGGCUCUGCAGGGCUUCAGCCAGGAGAUGGCGCUUGUUAUUUACAGAAAUAAAAGCAUCAUCAGUCAGCAGGAGAGGACGGCCCCAGCAUCACCAGCAGUGAAGCCUGAAGUUAAACGCCCGCCUCAGCUGCCUGCUCCAGUGGCAUCACACAGCACCCCUGUGAUACCCUCCAACAGUGAAAAAACUGACAUUUGUCUUUACUUUAUCCGGAAAAACUGCAGCUACAAAGAGAAAUGUGUCCGCAUGCACUGGCACCUGCCCUACAGGUGGCAGGUGAUGGACGCGGAUGGCGGGAGCUGGAAGGACCUGUCCAAUAUGGAAGAGAUCGAGAAAGCCUACUGCGACCCCAAGCAUGACACGAGCAGCUGCGAAUCUCCCUCAUCCAUCACUCAGUUCAUGAGACUGCUGGCCAUCUCAAAUCCAGGUGUGCAGUCAGUUGACUUCAUCAGUAUGACGUUUCUGGGAUCGCCCGUCCGUCGCCUGUCCACGGCCUCAUCUGCCUCCAAGCCGCCUCACUUCGUUCUGACCACAGAGUGGGUGUGGUACUGGGAGGACGAUAGCGGCAGCUGGCUGGAGUAUGGACAGAGUGCUGAAGGCACCCCGACCACAGUGACGUCUGAAACCCUGGAGAAUCUUUACCUGACCGACCGGGAGUCUGCAGUUCCUUUCAGCACCAGCAGAUACUCCUACGUCCUCCAUUUCAAAGCCUCACCGAUGUGUCAGGAAAACCUGAGGUUUAAAACCAGACGAGAGGUCCGGAGGAGACCCCGCUUUGUUUCUGCCCAUGAUGUGGAGGUCAAGUUGAGGAGUCCUGGCAGCGGAUCGUCACACGGCUCCAACGCCGCUGACAGCUUCCCGCCACACUGGGACAGGACCAAUCAGCCUGAUGUUGGAUACAAGAUGGUACCUCUAGAGAGAAGGUCGAACGAAUUCAUCAUGAUACAGAAGUUGUUUUCAGUUACCAUGCAUCAGCACCGCAUCAACAGCAUCCACAGGAUCCAGAACCUGUCGCUGUGGGGGAUCUUUCACUGGCAGAGGGAGCAGAUGAAGCUGAGAAACGGCGGGAAGCCUGUGAACGAGCAGUACCUGUUUCAUGGGACGGACCAGGCGCUGGUUGAAGCCAUCUGCGAGCAGAACUUUGACUGGAGGAUGUGCGGCGUCCAUGGCACCUCGUAUGGAAAAGGGAGCUACUUUGCCCGAGACGCCUCCUACUCCAACAAAUACGCCCGAGCCAAGGGAGGAAGAAAGGUCAUGUUCGCAGCUCUGGUCCUCGUGGGGGAGAGCGCCAAAGGAAGCAGCCACUACCUACGCCCGCCCCCGAGAGGCAACAGCAACACACUGUACGACAGUUGCGUGGAUCAGAUGGUCAGUCCCAGCAUCUACGUCAUCUUCGAGAAGCAACAGAUCUACCCUCAGUACAUUAUUGACUACUCUUAGACAGUUUGCUCAUGAGCUGGUUCAUUCAUUCCUUCUAUACUGUUGUGAACAACGCUGCGACUGCAAUAACAUGGUCAUGCAACUUUAAUGAGGCUUCAGUCCUUUGGCCUCUCAACAGUUGUCUCCUAAUGUUGACUCAGGCUCCCAGUGGGAUAAACAGGCUGCAAAAAGUCAGUUAAAGUAAAAGCUUUUAUUACAUCCAUGUGUCCCGCACAAUCAAAUGUUCCCUCCUCAUCGUGACAAAUGAUUUAACAAGUAAUAUAGUUCACACACUUCAAUCAUCUGUGAAUCAUCAGCACACUGGAUUGCAAAACCCACCUCAUCCACUGAACUGAGGCCGGGUCGCAGGGGCAGCAGCCAGGGAAAGAGGCCCAGAAUUAGCAAAAUCAACAAUUAAAAUACCUUGGAAUUUGAUCAGUAACACACAUGAAAGACAGACAUUAUGAUCACUUGACACAUGAGGUAAACUGCUGCCUGACCCAGGCGACUAUUUCGGGUUAAGAUCAGAUGUUGAAAGUGGUCGACACUAGCAAAGCAGUAACCAUUAUUCAGCUUCUUCCUCCUGCUGGAACAGCUGUGCUAUGACAGGAGUGAGAGAUUGUUUUCAUGCUUGCUCUAUGUGCCAUUUUAUCCUAUUGAAAGUCACUUACUCCCCAAAAUAAUUUUGGAAUAUUGAGCACAAUUUCACCCUUGCCUUGAUUGUGAUGCAUUUUGCUGUUUAUGAGUGUAAAGAAGAAUGAGGUGUUCUGGGUCACACCAUGUUAGUUUUAAAGUCACUGGUCUAUUGGUGGAGUUCAAACUUUGCCUUCAGCGCCAUUUCUUCUCUGGAUCUUCACAUAAAUGCCAUCUUUGGGUCCCAGGGUGCUGGUCGACUUCAGCUCAAGCGGGACCUAAAAGAAGGAACAAAAAAAAAAAAGGAAAGAUGGUGCGUUCUAGUUACACAAAGCAGUUUGCUCUUCAUAUCAACUCUCAAAAAACUGAAACAUUCCAGGGAGGUUCAGAACAUCACACCAAAAGGAUGACCAACUAAGAGUAGACGGUUCUGAAAUAUUCAAGGUCACUGCCUGUUGUUCGAUUGCUUCUGCUGGAUUUAGUCGAGACUUUAACUUGCUGGUUUUGGGUGCUGGUACUCUGGAGAGUUCUGUAUUGACAUAUUUCCUUCAGCAUUUGCGGUACAGAAUCAGUGUUGAGUCAUCGUCUGUGGUACAUUAUGCUCAAUGUGAGCUUUGGCUCCCUCUAUGGGCUUAAUUGUGAACUGCACCUUUGAUGCGUAUAUUUUGAACAUUAAAACUCCUCUA